AUGGAUGAGAUUCUUUCAAAUGUACCACUUAAAUCAAUAAAGUCAAAAGAAUUAGGAGACACUCGUUUUAUUACUUUCAAUGUAAAUGGGUUAAAAACAUUAUUUAAUUAUCAUCCAUGGAAUAAAUUUAAUUCUGAUUUAAAUGAAAUUUUUAAACUGUUACAAAGUGAUAUUAUAACAUUACAAGAAUUAAAAUUAACUGAAUCAUCAUUAAGUUCAUUAAAAGAUAUUGGACAUUUAAAAGAUUAUAAAUCAUUCAUAUCAUUACCUAGUUUAAAAAAAGGAUAUAGUGGAGUUGGACUAUUCGUCAAAAAUAAUAUAGGAGUGAUUAAAGCUGAAGAAGGUAUAACUGGUCAUUUAGCUAAUAAGAAGGGAGUUUCGUAUAGGGCAAAUAAUGGAAUUGGAGGAUAUCCCAACGUAUUAGAAGAAGAAGGAAUUUAUAUUGAUAGUCAAGGAAGAUGUGUAAUUAUUGAAUUAGUUGAUAAUCUGAUUAUUUUUGCCUUGUAUUGUCCUGCUAAUUCUUCAGGAACUGAAGAUGGUGAAGAAUAUAGAAUUAGGUUUCUAAGUUUAUUACUAGAAAGAUGUCAGAACUUGUACAAAUUGGGGAAAGAGGUUGUUGUAAUGGGUGAUAUUAAUGUUGCUAUCGAUUUAAUUGAUUCUGCUGAAGGUAUAAAAGGUAGAUUAAUGAGUAAUUUAAUAACUCAAUCUGAUAAUAAUUUUGAAAUUAUCAAUUAUGAAGAAUGUUGUAAGUUUAAAGAAUCAACACCAGCUAGGAAAUUAAUGAAUAAAUAUGUUAUACGAACAUUAUGGCAAGAUAUUUCAGAAAAAGAAGAAGGUGAACAAUUUUUAUAUGAUACUACUAGAUUUAUUCAAGGUAGAAGAAUGAAAAUGUAUACUGUUUGGAAUACAAUUAAAAAUUCUAGACUGAUUAAUUUUGGAUCCCGAAUUGAUCUAAUUUUAGCUACCGAAAAGUUGAUAGGUAAUGUUACUCAUUCAGAUAUCAUGCAGAAUGUACAGGGUAGCGAUCAUUGCCCUGUUUAUACUGAUUUCAAGUUGAAAUUAGAGGGGCCCAAUGAAAAUUUACCGUUUGAAGCCAAGAAUCAUUAUAAAUUAAAUAAAACAAGAGAUAUUAUGACAUUAUUUGGUAAGAAGAAAGAUUCAACACCACUGGAAGAUUCAAAUUCAAAUGAAACAACACCAAUAGAAACAGAAACACAAGAAGCAACUCCUGCAGAAUCAAAAUCAAAAGAAGAAUCAAUUCCAAUAGCUCCAGAACCAUCAUCUAAACCCAAAUUGGUUUAUAGAUCACGAAAAGAACCACCAAAGAAGAAACAAAAAGUCCUAAAUAUUCAAGAGUUUUACAGUAAAUAG